AUGGACUCGCGCCACUACUACCGUCCAGGCUCGCCGGGUAGCCGCCGGUAUGCCGCCCCAGAAAGGUCGUCAACCGGCACCCUCGGCGCUUACGAUCCCGCGUACUAUACGCGAAGCAACCGGGAUGCCUACGCUUCACCCAGAUCAAGCGGAGAGCGAGUGGGUGGCGGAGUCAUACCGAUAUCAACCACAACCUACGCCAACCCUCCAGCAAGCGCGUCAAGCAGGUCAGGCGCUACGGCCUACGACUCCUACACCGGUCGAACACGAAGAUCUACCUUGACCGAGACAGACGCCGCUGCCAUCCCGCGACAAACCGUCAGCGCUCUGACGCCGACCGUUUUACCCGUCCGUUCGUCUGCCACACGUGCAGCCAUCCACCAUGCGCCCGACAGACCGUCUAGCCCACUUGCGCAAACGUGGGACUCACGCGACGCUUACAUAACACCGGCCUCGUCUGUUCCCAGACAGCAUAAGACAACUUACAGCGUUGACGAUGGAAAGUCACGGGUCAUUGAUGAAAGGGACAUAGGAGGUCGUAGAAGAGACAGUGUGGAAGGUCGUAAUCAUGGAGACUCCAGACGUGAACGGCAUAGGGCCUACCAUCUCAGCGGCUCAGCUGCACGACAAGAUUUCAAUGGCGAGUCGUAUUCAUACACAGACCCUGCAGGCAUGUAUAGAGACACAGAGCCUCGCUGGCGGCAACGGCGCGGCAGUGUUGACAGCGGAAGGAGGGAGAGGCCGUCCAGCAUGAUCGAGUCCUAUCCUCCGCCGCCAAGGGCGUCUACUACCAGAGACAUGGGACCGCCUCCAAGCACUCGCGGAUUCGACAAGAUCAACGCUGGCAUUGCCAGGAGGGAAAGUUUACGGGACCCUGUCCGGUCUCCUACACGAGGAUCGUCCGGCGAUUCAUACGCCUCGUAUUCCGACCGAGAUUCAUAUGGAGCUCCAUCGAGGACUGACUCGCUACGAUACCCAACUGCUAUCCACCAGGGUCGUGACGCUAGAGAUUAUGCUUACCAAGAUGAUUACGACGAUGACCGCCGCGGUUCCAUCCGCCGUCGCUACGAAGAUCCGGAUGUCGAGAACCGCGGCUUUGGCAUCAGGAGCGGUAGCGUGGACCGCUAUGGCUCUUCUCAUGAGGAUAACCUGCUAUCUCGUGACGACCGAAGACUCGCGCCUACUUAUGCGAUUGAGCCGGCGGUUACAAUGCCGACGUAUCAUGACUACGCUCCCGAGCCAGGCGUGGAGGACACUAGACGGAACCAGGAUCUGCGGGAUAGGGAGUACAUUGUGGAGCGGGAAAGAGAUCGGGAAAGGGAUAGAGAUAAGGACAGAGACAGGGAGAUGGAUUAUGAAAAUGAGCGUGAGCGGGACCGGGACCGGCCUAAGGAACGAGACUACGAUCGUCGAAGAGGCCAAGACCGCGACCGGGACCGCGACCGGGACCGCGACCGGGAACCAGGCACAGAGCUCGAUCUAGUAAGCGAACGGCGGCGGCGGGAGCGGGACCGAGAACUCGAGUUCGACGAAGGUAGUCACCUCCCUGCUGGCGUCGUUCCAGCUGGUAUCGCUGCCACUGCUGCACUUGGCGCUAGCGAAAGUCUCCACAAAAAGUCUCGGGAUCGCAGAUACGACGAAGACGAUGACAGAUCUCGCCGGCACCGCGAAAGGGACCGGGAUCGUGAAGAUGUAGGUCAGGUCCCGCCAGGUGCACUGCCAGCCGUAGGUGCGGUAGAUCCUACUUACGCGGCGGGUGAACCCCUUGACAAGAAAUCUCGAGACCGAAAGUACGAAAAUGAUGAGGACCGAAGUCGGCGCCAGCGCGAGCGUACGCCUGGUGAUUUCGAAGAGGUCGAGCCGCGCGAGCGCCGUUAUGUAGAUGAGCCUCGCGAUCGGGAUGAUAGGAACAAGGACCGGCGCGACAAAGCCCCUGCAGAGGUACUGGAUCCGGACGAGGAGUAUCGGCGUCGCGUACAGCAGGAACUUGAGCGCAGUGGUCAGGCUGCGGCAGCCCCGAGUGACUUGAAUCGGGAUAGAGAGCGACGUCGCACAGAGCGGGAGCGGGAGCGAGAGCGAGAAGCAGAAGACCGGCCACCGCGGGACGAACGCGAUAGAGCUAUUGAGGGCGCUGCCAUGGUACCUCAGACAUCUCGAGCCCGUGAACCGGAGCCCAACAUCCCUGCAGAGUCUGAGAGAUACCGCAAUCGCAACAACGGCGUUGCGGGUCAGGCCCUGUACGACGAGCCUUCUGAGAUGUUCGACACGCAACCUCGCGAGACCCGCGUCCAGAUUGUGGAACAGUCGUCCAAGGAUACUUCACCACCUCCGCCCGUCAAGAGCAUUCUCCGCAGACCUACCGAGAAGUUCCCAGAGGACCCCAACCCCAUCCGCGAAGGCGUGGCCCCACUCAAGGACGCAAAGAAAGGCAAGGACAUCCCGCCCGGCGCGCGGUGGACGAAGAUUGAUCGCCGGCUCGUCAACCCCGAAGCUCUCGAGGAGGCAAAGGAGCGGUUCGAGGAGCGCAUGGACUGCGUCAUCGUGCUCCGGGUGCUCACAAAGGAGGAGAUACAGAAAUUUGCGGAUCGUACCACGGAACUAAGAGGUAAAUACUUAUCACCACCCCUCCCCGACAGCUCACGUUACACCGCGCCAGAGGACGGCGGGGAUAGAGGCAGGCACGGUGGGCCGUCAGGCGGCGGCGAGCAACUAGGGCAGCGGCGCUACGACCACGACCGCGAAGCAGACCGUAAAGAGCGGCGGCAGCGACGUCGCCGCGACGACCGAGACAAAGAUCGGGACUACGACAGCUACUCCGACGACAACGACAGGCCGCGGAGGAGCGAGGAUGACAACAGGUCGCGGAGAGUCAUUGAGGACAGGCUCGGCACGCAUUAG